UCUUUAAGUGCCAAUCAAUGUUUGCGAAAGCUUCGACCUUCAAAAGAUCAAGCAUGAUGCUGACCAUGUUCAACAAGAGACCAUUCAUGAGGGUUUCCAGGGAUCUGAGAUCCCCUAAACAUGUUUCUCCAGCUUUAAGACUGACACAGUACCAGAAGAUGAAUUUCAGGCCCACUAACACACUCUAUUCCAAAGAUUACUACAAGAUUUUGGGUGUCCCUAAGAAUGCUUCGCAAGCUGACAUCAAGAAGAAGUAUUUCCAGGGCGCGAAGAAGCUUCAUCCUGAUGUGAACAAGGCUUCUAACUCUCAAGAAAAAUUCGCUGAAUUUAAUGAAGCUUACGAAACCCUCAGCGAUGAGAACAAGAGAAGGAUUUACGACCAGACUGGCAUGACCGGAGACGAACAAAACCAAGCAGGAGCAGGAGGUCCCUUCGGAGGCGGCUUCCCAGGAGGAUUCGGUGGCGAUGCAGGCGGCUUCUGGGAGCAGUUCACAGGCGGUGCACAUGGUAGGCAAGGAGGCAUGCCAGGUGGAGGAAUGCCAGGAGGUAUGCCUGGAGGAGGAUUCGAGGAUAUUUUUGGCAAUUUUGAAGACUUAUUUGGUAUGGGCGGUAGAGGCAAAAGCCAAGGCCCUAUUAAAGGUCAAGAUGUAGUCAUCAAUAUCUCAAUUGAUUUCAUGGAGGCUGUAGAAGGGGUUAAUAAGUCUGUAAGGUACCAGAAGAUUGAUAAUUGCUCAAGAUGUAAUGGAACAGGAGCUCAACCAGGAACAGCUGAAACAAAUUGCUCUACUUGUGGUGGGUCAGGGUUUCAAACAAUCAGACAGGGCUCAAUGAUUUUCCAAACCCAUUGUGGCUCAUGAGGAGGAGCAGGAAAAGUCAUUAAAAAUCCAUGUUUGAACUGUCAAGGCCAAGGAGUAGUCCAAACUUCAUCCACUGAAACUAUUAAAAUUCCAAAAGGAGUGAGUACAGGAGUAAACCUAAGAAUGAGUGGAAAGGGAAAUAAGGGACCUCAAGGGCCAGCAGGAGAUCUAAUGAUUAAAAUAACAGUAAAAGAUCAUCCUUAUUUCAAAAGAGAUAAGUUUGACAUCCACACAGAUAAACAUAUAACUGUUUCAGAAGCUAUUUUGGGAGGAGAGACUACAGUAAAAACUUUGACUGGAGAUAUGAAACUAAAAAUUAAUCCUGGAACACAACAUAACGAUAGAAAAAGAUUAGUUAGAUGAGGUAUCUCCAAGCUACCUCCAAACCACAGGCAAAAGGGAGACCAUUAUGUGAACUUUAAGAUUGAGAUCCCUCAAAAUUUAACAGCUGAGCAAAGAGAACUUAUGGAAAAGUAUGCUAAAGUUGAAAGUCAAUUAUCCAUUUCAUAGUCUUAAUUA